AUGCCUCCGACGAGGAUCCCAGUCACCCAGCUCCGCCAGGGUCUAAGGACGUUCGCAUCACGGGCAUCACAUCAGCACGCCGCAGCGGCUAGCCGACACGUGCCGCUGCACCACGAGCCUUCGCAACGCAUUCUAUCCAAAGUUGCCACCCUGCAUAACCAGACGGCGUCGCAGUUCCCCGAGCUGGUGCGGGACGCCACGAGCUACACCGCACUCGCUGCCCUCACGACCGGGGUUUCGUGGCUGAUUUAUUGCUCGGACGAGAAUGCAGAUCUGAUAGAGUUCCUGGAGCUAUAG